GAGUCCUCACCCUGGGAUCAUUCCACAAUCCCCAUGGCUCCAGCUCCCAGCUUCCGUGGACACCAGUGGACUUACAACUCUGUCCGAGGUUCCUGCCUGCUGCUGCUGCUGGUCAUGUCAAAUCUGCUCCUGUGCCAAGGCAAACCAUUUCUGUGCUGCAGUCCUAAUGUGUUUGACAUCCCCCGGGAAUCCCUUACAGACCUGUUUCUCAAUGCCAUGAAUCUGUCCUACAGCAUCUAUAACCAUUCCAGAAUAAUGUUCAAUGAGUUCGAAGAAAAAUAUGCCAAGGGCGAACUGUACAAUAUCAAUGCCACCAUUAGCUGCCAUACCGAUUCCCUCAAUACUCCCAAAGAAAGAGAAGAAGCCGAAGAGACGGAUAUUGAAGAUCUUAGCAAGUGGAUACUCAUUUUCCUGUACUCCUGGAGUAGACCUCUGAAUCUUCUAGUCACGGACUUGCAGAGUAUAAAAGAAGUCUCAGAAACUAUCCUAUCAAGUGCCAAAGAGAAUGUGAAAAAAGUAGAAGAACUUCAAGAAUUCAUGGAGAGGCAUUUCUGCCAGAUGAUUAUUCCAGCAAUGCGGAAGAUGUUGAAGGCUCAUGUUUACUGGUCAGAACUCCCAUCCCUGAUGUCCAGCGAUGAAGAUGUGCGUCAGUCUGCAUUUUAUAACCUGUUCCAGUGCCUGCACAGGGAUUUUCUUAUAAUGGACCUUUAUAACAUAUUCCUGGCGUGCCUACAUAUUGAGUGCUAA